ACAGUUCCUGCAUGAUUCAGUGUUAUAUAUGAAAAUAAGUGUGAUUGUGUCUGUUAAAUUUUGUCCUGCGGAGGGCAGUAAUACACCGCCAAAAUCUUACAUGAAGAAGACUUCCUACAAAUCGAUAACUGCUGUUUACACUCUCUGUUGACACCAUGGUCUACACUCGGUCUGGCUACGUUAUUAUUCCGCUAGAUUCGCUAGUUUUCUCUCUGAAACGACAUUGGCGUUAGUGGCUAACGUUAGCCUUUCGUUGUUACUCUGUUCACUAGCUUCGAGCUUAGCCUAGCUUAGCAGUUAGCUUUGUGAAUCCACAGGUGCAUCUUCUCGUCCUCCAAAAUGGCAGAUAAGUUACAGCAGCUGAGAGUGUUUGUUAACGAGCGACUGACAGCUGCGGCGGAGGAAAUCUUCAGUGCUGUGGAAAGGACCAUUUUAGAGUAUCGAAAUGACAUUUAUCUGUCCAAGGAGGAUGUGAAACACAGCGGGCUGCUGCUACUAGCUGAAGGUUUGAACCGGCAGGUGCAGGUAGAGGUGUUCACUGCAGUCUCCCAGGAGGUCAGCGUUUCUGAAGCAGAGGCCUCCACCCAGCCAACACACAGUGCAGAUGCAUUUCCAGAGCCUCAGGAACACCGGGCCAGCCGGGACCAAGAGAAACUGCAGGACCUGUCACAACAUGAUGCUGUUGCUUGUUUUAAGUAUGAACAGAGCAUGCAGCCGUCCUCUUGCUGUCAAACCCAAACUGAGACCAGCAGAGAAGAAGAGCUUCUUCCCAUCUCUUCAGCUGAGUGGUUGAAAACAGAGGAGGAAGAAGAUGGCUAUGGAGGAUCAGAAACAGCCAAUUUCUGGCAGCCGCUCUCCUCAGAUAGCAUGGAUGAAGAUGAUACCAGUGAUGCUGAAUUUACACAGAGAGGAGGAUCUAACUCAUGUUCAAAGACAGUGAAGUCAAAGAAAAGGGCAAAGCAAAGACUUUUGGGAAAAGCUCUGGUGAGCCCUCAUAUCGAACAACAGCAAUGUCUACUUCGAACCCCUGUCUCUGCUAACGUGAUGAUGCAGAUUCAAGCCAAGGCUGCAACCUUACCUAUGCAUCUAGCUUUGCUUACUGGAAAGAAGAGGAAGAGAUGCCAGUGCUGCCCUAACAAAAAGGACACCAAGACCAGCACCGUUUGCAUCAAAUGUCAAAAAUACAUUUGCAAGGCACACACCCAAGCAUUCAAAUUCUGCCCAUCAUGCAUAUAA